UGGGCCAAAGGCAGGCGCCAAACCGCUGCGCCACCCAGGGAUCCCUCUCUCUCUUUUUUAAAGAUUUUAUUUAUUUGAGAGAGAACAUGUGAGAGAGAACACAAGCAGAGGGAGGGGCAGAGGGAGAAGCUAACUUCCCACUGAGCAGGGUGCUGGAUACCUGGCUUGAUCCCAGAACCCUGGGAUCAUGACCUGAACUGAAGUCAUGUGCUUAACCAGCUGAGCCACCCAAGUGGCCCUUGUCUAUUUUCUUUUAUGUGAGUUUAAGCUAGUUCCCUUUUCAAUUACAAAAACUAUAUACAUACGGGCAGCCUUGGUGGCUCAGUGGUUUAGCGCUGCCUUCGGCUCGGGUCGUGGUCUUGGGGUCCCAGGGUCGAGUCCAUGUCAGGCUCCCUGCAUGGAGCCUGCUUCUCCCUCUGUCUGUAUCUCUGCCUCUCGCUCUAUCUCAUGAAUAAAUAAAUACAAUCUUUAAAAAAAUAGACUAUAUACAUACAACAAAGAUAAAUGUUAGAAUUUUCUCAUUCUUACAUGGUGUGACAUUUUUCUCUAUGGAGUCAUGGUAAUACUGGAAGGCUAUUUCUUCAUUAUUUUUCCAGAUUUUUUGUGUUUUGCUCAAUAUCAUGGCCCAAAACACCUUACAUGUAUAAAUCUAGGGUGCAUUUUUACCAUGACAGCAUCAUUUUCUUAAGUUUAGGCAUUCAGAAAAACAAAAAUUCAUCCCUCAUGUGUAGUGUUUGCCAAUAUCCAGAGUGUAAAUCGCACACACACACACACCCCGCUCCCUUAUGAGAACAGGAUAUGCUCAGAGAAGGUUCUUAGAAACUGCAUUUGGGUGUUUGGUAGGAAACCACUCACUGUGGAGGCUGCACGCUGGCUGGGGGUGUGCAGGAGCAUCACAGGCAGGAUAAGUUAAUCCUGACAGGCUGGAGGGACCUCCUUGAACACUCAGGGGUGACUGUAAGGCAGGGGUGUGGGGGACACACCCACACCCACUGGGUUCAGAGUUGCUUCCUCUGAUCCCACCUGUACAUUGGAAGGAUUUCCCACUGUGGAGCACCAGCCUCCAAUUAAUUUAAUUCCUUCUCUUUCUGUAAUAGUUGACUGCUGGUCCCCAAAGAGUCGACAUUCCGUGCAUCUCACCACUGCUCUGGGCUUUGUUUCCAGACCACUGUCUCGGGAAGCUUGCAGGGCUGGCCACUUCCAGCCUCCCUUUGGCCAGAAAGGACUGAGAGACAGGUGGGACAGGGACUGUCCUGAGAAAGACAGGGAUUCCCCCCUGGGCAAGACCUCACCCAGAACAUCCAUAUCAGUGCUGACCUCCCUCUCCACCUGAAGGGCCGGAGUCCAGGCAAUAUAGGGCCUUUACCAUAAAGAAAAGGUUUCCUUGGUCAGGCUUGCAGGAUCUGCGGAGGCCUUUUAUUUCUUCCACACACACUUGGGAUCAUGGUCUCAUCUAGCCAGGAAGGAGCUUGUGGGGUGGUCUGCUGCUGGGUGAGAGGGCAGGAGCGGCACAAAGACAAGACACCUGGCAGUUGUUGGAAGAACCCUCUGGGUUGAGUACCCGUAAUUCGCUGGAGCUGACGUUUUCACCAUCAAUCCUUGAGGCAUUGCCCUGCCCAGAGCUCUCUGGCCAUUCUUGCUCUCCAGGGACACAGCACAGUCCACAGGUGAUCCUACGUUCCUCCCACAUGCUCUAUCGUGACCACUCUGGUACCUCCUGGCAGUGACGGGGUGUAGAUGCCUGGACUAAACUCAGCAGAUUAGGUUGUCCACAAUUAUCUUAAGGGGAAAAAAACCUCAGGAGCUGGUUUGUCAACAAAUUCUGACUUCUGACUUUGUUGUAGUUUCGGGGCACAGGGAUGCGAGAGCACCUAACCUGGGAGUGCUUUGUUUGACAGAUUAGCUUUGGCCACUCUAUGGUGACAAAAUCCAAUGGCAGAGAAAGUUGUGGUGGUGAAACAAGAAAGGAAUCUCUUUCAGCCUGACCAACACAGGAAAGACAAUAGACUAGCCUUUCAAAGACUGACUCCAGAGUGAUGAACAAGAGUUUGAGGUUCAUAUAAGGAAAUAUGGGGCCAAGGUGGAUAGGUACAUGCAAGGAGGCAGUGAACAUCAAACAGAUCGUUGUCUUGGAGUCAGUGGAUUGAGUUUGCUGGCUCAGGGCAAUCAUUAGUGGUUGAGGGGGUAGUUUGGGUUCUCAUCAGGGGAUGCUUUGCCAUAAGGGUCAAUGGUCUGCAUCAUGAGACCGCUGGAAAGAGAACUCAACUGGAAUGUGACCUCAAUCUGGUGGCAGCUGAGAUUCACUUUUCAGUACUAAGAAAAACAGUAUAUAUGGUUGAAGCCACCUCAGGCCCUUGGGUGACCUAGUAAUCUUAGAGUUUAACAAGCAUCCUUAGCCUACAUGAUUAACUUUUUGUUUAUCUACAGAUCAUGCAUUCUCUCCUAGAAAGAGCUGAGCACUUCUGCAUGCCACAAAGUAAAACAGACCCUCUUGCACACACCCUUGCACCACUGCGAUAACAUCUAUAACUAGAACCAUCAAGUCUGCAUGUUGUCAAAAAGUGUUAAGGACUGCUGUGCUUCCUUUACUGGCUAACUGCCCUAGAAUCCUUUAAAAACGCCUGGGAGGACAGCCUGCGUAGUUUGGGCCACGGCAUGAUCCUGGAGACCCAGAAUUCGAGUCCCAUGUCGGGCCCUCUGCCUGUGUCUCUGACGCUGUCUCUGUGUCUCUCCUGAAUAAAUAAAUGGAAUCUUUAAAAAAAAAUAAAGAAUGGUUUAAAAAAUAAUAAAAACUCCUGGGAGAGGUAGAAACCUUGAGGUUGAUCUUUGUACAAGAGUCCACCUUCUCCCCAGGUGGCCAGCCUUCUGAAUAAAGCUUUUUCCUUUCCAAUCAAUACCUCUCUUGGGCAGCCCCAGUGGCGCAGCGGUUUAGCGCCACCUGCAGCCCAGGGCGUGAUCCUGGAGACCCUGAAUCGAGUCCCACAUCAGGCUCUCUGUAUGAUGCCUGCUUGUGUCUCUACCUCUCUCUGUCUCUAUGAAUAAAUAAAUAAAAUCUUUUAAAAAAAAUACCUCUCUCUUGAGUAUUGAUUUCCGUAGUGCUAAGCAGCUGAAAUUGGGAUUUGGUAAUAUGGGAAUGUAUGUGAACACAGGCACAGACAGAGCAAUCCACCUGUGUGCCAAAGCAAUUCUAAAAGGAUAUCAUACGGGGAUGCCUGGGUGGCUCAGUGGUUGAGUGUCUGCCUUUGGCUCAGGUCCUAAUCUCGUGUCCUGAGGUAAUCUGCCACAUGAUUGGGCCCUCUUACCCAAAAGUUGAGGCAUAGCCCUAGAAAGACUAUUUUGCCUCACAUUAAGGCGCCCUCACCUGAUAUAAUCCUUUUUUUUUUCCUGUUUAUAAUGUAUUUGUCCUAUCUUUAAAAACCAUUCUGGGUGCCCUGAUGGCUCAGUCGGUUAAACAUCUGCCUUCAGUUCACGUCAUGAUCCUAGAGUGUAGGAUCCAGCUCCCUGCUCUGUGGGAGGCCUGCUUCUCCCUCUGCCCCUGCUCAUGCUCUCUCAAAUAACUAAAAUAUUUUUAAAAGAACAAAUAAAAAUAAAAAUAAAGGAACAACAAAAAACCCUUUCCCUUUCUGUACUGCUUCCUUGAGGCUGCCCUCUACUUGCUAGAUGGGAUGCUGCCCAAGUCAGAAAUCGCUGAAUAAAGCCAACAGCCCUUUAGGAGGCAAUGUUGAAUUUUUUUAAAAUUUUUAUUUAUUUAUGAUAGUCACAGAGAGAGAGAGAGAGAGAGAGAGAGAGAGAGGCAGAGACACAGGCAGAGGGAGAAGCAGGCUCCAUGCACCGGGAGCCCGAUGUGGGAUUCGAUCCCAGGUCUCCAGGAUCGCGCCCUGGGUCAAAGGCAGGCGCCAAACCGCUGCGCCACCCAGGGAUCCCCAAUGUUGAAUUUUUAUCAUUUAGAAGGGAGGUUUCUAUUGUUUUCUAUUGUUCCUAACUACAAAACGUAUUCUAACGCUUCAGGGCGCAAGAAUUGAUGAAAAACAACCUCUCCAGCAACUCAAAACACACCUUUCUUUCUGAAGUACCUCAAGAAAUGAUAGGUCAUUUACCUCUGCGAAAGGAUUGGAGAUUUGAGAGCAUCUAAAAUAAUAGUUUUCUCCUUUGAAAACUGUUAUGGAGUCUGAAAUUAUGGCUCUUCUUCACCCUUAAUAAAGAAAAAAGCUGGUCCCGCUAUAGAAGCAGGAUUUCCCGGCAGACCUUAGGAUGCCACCAAAAAAAGCCCUGAACCUCCAGGGUGUAGGACCCACUACGGGAGACAGCCAGACCUUCUAGGAACCACACCACCUGGAAGUGCCUGGGCACUGAGGGAGCGGCGAGGAGCCAAUGAGGGAAUAAGAAGAGGCGUUUAUGGGCGGGCGCCGGCCCCGGGGCGGGACUUCCGGCCCAUUACGACCUUAGGCUUCUUUUUCCGUUUGUUUACCUUGCCUGGGUUCAGGAAAGCAAUUUCGGAAGGAUUACUGAUCGAGAAGAGGUAAGGGCAGGCUGUCGCUCCAACGCAAGACUGGGGUCCGAGGCUCCGCAACGCUUCUCAUGAUGAAGACUGGAAAAAGAAUGAUGGUCCGGGUGUCCGCUCCGUUCCCUCAGCUCUCGGCCCUACUCCGCCUCCCGAGUCCGAUGGCGGCGGCCGCGCCCAGGGCCCCGGCGCAGGGUGGCGUGACCUUUGAGGACAUUGCCGUGUACUUCUCCUGGAAGGAGUGGAGACUUCUGGAUGAGGCUCAGAGACGGCUGUACCACCAUGUGAUGCUGGAGAACUUUACACUUAUAUCCUCACUGGGUUGCUGCUGUGGAGCAGAGGCUGUGCAGGCACCCAUUGAACAGAGUGCUUCUGGAGGUGUGUCACAGACCAGGACGCCCAGGGUAGCUCUGACUUCCCAGAAGACCCACCCCUGUGAGAUGUGUGGUCCAGUCUUGAGAGACAUUUUCCAUUUGGCUGAGCAGCAGGGAAAAGAAAACAGCCAGAAACUGUUGAGGUGCGGAGCAUGUGGGAAACGAUUUUAUUUCAGUAUAAAGUUUGAACAGCAGCAGCACGUGGGAGAAACACUAUGCAGAAACGAUGGGGCCUGUGACGUGAAGAGCUGCAGAAUCCAUGAUUUAGGAAAGCCCUUUACCUGUAGGGAAGUUCGGAAGGACUUCCUGUCUGGCUCGAGACAUCUGCGGCAAGAGGCCACUGUGAGUGGGGAGAAGCCAAACACUAUCACACAGUGCAGGGCAACUUUACAAAGGAGAAAAAGUCAUUAUCCUUGGGGAGAAUGCAAGAACGCCUUUAGUCCCAAACAUCCCCAUGUUCAGGACCAGGGUGUCCACCCUGGAAGACAGUGCUUUGUGUGUAGUGAAUGUGGGAAAACAUUCAGGUACAAAUCGUUAUUUGCUAUACACCAGAGAUCUCAUACUGGAGAAAGAUAUCAUGAGUUUGGCAAAUAUGGAAAAUACUCUAGGCAAAGAUCAACCCUGAGUGAACAUGGAAAGACUCACAGUGGAUCCAGGCAAUACACGUGUAGCAAAUGUGGGAAAUCCUUAGGUCCCAAAACUGUCCUCAUUCAUCCCCAGAGAUGGCAUCAUGGAGUGAAGAGUUAUGUGUGCAGUGAAUGUGCAAAAUCUUAUAGCUGUAGCUCAGUGUCGAUUACUCAUAGAGUUCAACCUGGAGAAAGGUUUUAUAAGUGUCAUGCCUGUGGAAAAUCUUUUCCCUCUAUGUCUGCCCUCUGUUAUCAUCGGAGAUCUCACACAGGGGAAAGACCUUUUGAGUGCAGUGAUUGUGGAAAGUGUUUUACUGCUCGUUCUGUCCUCCAUUCUCACCAGAGGGUUCACACUGGAGAAAGGCCUUAUGAGUGCAAUGAAUGUGGCAAGUCCUUUUUGCGAAGAAAUAGCCUCAAUGUACACAUAAAGGUUCACUCAAGUGAAAGGCCUUAUAAGUGUAACGAAUGUGGGAAAUCUUUGAAGUGUAAGUCAGCAUUCAUCAAACACCAGAGAAUUCACACAGGAGAAAGGCCUUUUGAGUGCAGAGAAUGUGGCAAGUCCUUUCUCCGAAAAAAUACUCUCAAUGUACACAUAAAGGUUCACUCAGGUGAAAGGCCUUAUAAGUGCAAUGAAUGUGGGAAAUCAUUUAAGUUUAAGUCAACAUUCAUUAAACACCAGAGAAUUCACACAGGAGAGAGGCCUUAUGAGUGCAAUGAAUGUGGGAAAUCUUUUAUAUCUAGGACUGACCUGCGUUAUCAUCAAAGAAUUCACACUGGAGAAAGGCCUUAUGCGUGCAGUGAAUGUGGCAAGUCUUUUGUCCGACAAAAUAUCCUCAAAGUACACAGAAAGGUUCACUCAGGUGAAAGGCCUUAUAAGUGUAAUGAAUGUGGGAAAUCUUUGAAGUGUAAGUCAUCGUUGAUUAAACACCAGAGAAUUCACACAGGAGAAAGGCCUUAUGAGUGCAGUGAAUGCGGGAAGUCUUUUAUUACUAGUUCCGUCCUUCAUUCUCAUCAGAGAGUUCACACUGGAGAAAGGCCUUAUGAGUGCAGUGAAUGUGGGAAAACUUUUACCACUAGUUCUGUCCUCCGUGAUCACCAGAGACUUCAUACUGGAGAAAGGCCUUAUGAGUGUAGUAAAUGUGGGAAAACUUUUACCACAAGUUCUGCCCUCCAUUAUCAUCACAGAGUUCACACUGGAGAAAGGCCUUAUGAGUGCAGUGAAUGUGGCAAGUCUUUUGUCCGAAGAAAUAGCCUGAGUGUACACCUAAAGGUUCACUCAGGUGAAAAACCUUAUAAAUGUAAUGAAUGUGGGAAAUCAUUGAAGUGUAAGUCAACAUUCAUUCAACACCAGAGAAUUCACACAGGAGAACGGCCUUAUGAAUGCAGUGAAUGUGGGAAAUCUUUUUCUGCUACUUCUGUCCUUCGUUCUCACCAGAGAGUUCACACGGGAGAAAGGCCUUAUGAGUGCAAUGAAUGUCAAAAAUCUUUUACCUCUAGUUCUGCCCUCCGUUCUCACCAAAGAGUACACACAGGAGAAAGACCUUAUAAGUGCAAUGACUGUGGCAAGUUCUUUCUCCACAGAAAUAGCCUCAAUGUACAUAUUAAGGUUCACUCAGGUGAAAGGCCUUAUAAAUGUAAUGAAUGUGGCAAAUCUUUGAACUAUAAGUCGACGUUCAUCCAACACCAGAGAAUUCACACAGGAGAAAAGCCUUAUCUGUGCAAUGAAUGUGGGAAGUCUUUUAGUCAUAGCUGUGCCCUCCGGUAUCAUCGUCAAAGUCACCUUGGAAUAAGUCCUUAUGACUGUAGUGAAUGUGGGAAAUCUUUUACCACUAGUUCUGUCCUCCGUGACCACCAGAGACUUCACACCGGAGAAAGGCCCUAUGAGUGCAGUGAAUGUGGGAAAUCUUUUACCGCUCGCUCUGUCCUCCGUUCUCACCAGAGAGUUCACUCUCGGGAAAGGCCUUAUGAAUGCAGUGAAUGUGGCAAGUCCUUUGUCAGAAGAAAUAGCCUCAAUGUACACAUAAAGGUUCACUCAGGUGAAAAGCCUUAUAAGUGUAAUGAAUGUGGGAAAUCUUGGAAGUGCAAGUCAACAUUCAUAAAACACCAGAGAAUUCACACAGGGGAAAAGUCUUUCACUUGCAGUGAAUGUGGGAAAUCUUUUAUUAGUUACGGUGCUCUUGGCCAUCAUCACAGAGUUCACAGUGGUGACAGGCCUUAGGGGUCCUGGUAUUGUGGGGAAUCUUUCAGCUAAAUCUUCAGUCUCCUUCAACAUGAGGAAGUCCGUAGUAAAUAAAGUCCUCGUGGGUGAUAUUACGAACCAAAUGUUUAUGUUCACUAAAAUUGAUUUGUUGAAUCCCUGUCCUCUAAUGCAAUAGGAUUAGCAUGUAAUGUCUUGGGAGAUAAUUUAAAGAGAUAGUUUCAUAAAAAUCUGAAUUCACCCUGGAGUGAAGCCUCAUAAGUAGGUGAAUAACAAAAUUCCUUUAGCCGGUUAUUUGUAUUCAUUCCCCCACUUGAGAGUUCACACUGCAGAAAGACUUAAAAUAGCAUAGAAACUGAUAUUUCCUUGCUUAGUAUCUCUGGAGGAGAACCUUUAUGAGUCCAUCACCUUCUUGAAUUCAGCUUUGUUUACCUGAAUGUCCACAGUGAAUUGACUGUCCGUAAGUUCUAGCCUUUUGGGAAAAAUUCAGAAUGUGCAUAUUGCGUUCUGAUAUGUUUGAAGUUAUUGUUAGAAGUCACUGUUAUAUUCUAUGGCAGAAGUCAUUUUACCUCUGCCACCAGGAUGAUCCUGAUAAUAUACAUUAGUCACUACCCAAUAUGCUUAACAGUGCUGACGUCUUUGUGUUGUCAUUUGCUGAUGGAAAUUAUGGGUAAUUGGACCUCUUCAUUUCCUUCUUUUUUUUUUUUUAAGAUUUAUUUAUUUAUUUAUUCAGAGAGAGAGAGAGGCAGAGACACAGGCAGAGGAAGAAGCAGGCUCCAUGCAGGAAACCCGACGUGGGACUCGAUCCCAGGUCUCCAGGAUCACAUCCCAGGCUGCAGGCAGCACUAAACCGCUGCGCCACCGGGGCUGCCCUCUUCGUUUCCUUCUAAUUUUGGUCAUGCAUGUGACCUAGUUUUGAUUAUCAGUACCUAAUCUGUGUCCUGGGUGGUUACUUGCACAGGAAGACUAAAUCCCUUAGGGACUUUGUUGGUCUUUAAUGCUGUGGAUUAAAGCAUUAAUGAAGCUUCCAAGUCAGUAAUAGAGGAAUUGGAUGCCACUUGUUGCUCUGGUUUAUGCAUUAAUAGGUCUUUUUAUUUAAUUACCUUUAAUUGUAGGUGUUGUAUCCAUUCUUUUUUUUUUUUUUUAAGAUUUUAUUUAUUCAUGAGAGAUUCAGAGAGAGAGGCAGAGACACAGGCAGAGGGAGAAACAGGCUCCAUGGAGGGAGCCAGAUGCGGGACUCGAUCCUGGGUCUCCAGAAUCACACCCUGGGCCGAAAGUAAUGCUAGACCGCUGAGCCACUGGGGCUGCCCAUUUGUAUCCAUUUUAAGGAGUGGUUGGAAAGCAGAGUUGGGCUCUGCUGGCACUUAGGAGUGAACAGAUUUCAUUGCAUCACAAAUUUAUUGUGCCUCAGAGAGGAAAAUACCUACAUAUGUACAUCUUUACUGUUCUCCAUCCUGGGGAAUUUGCAUUAACUCUAACAACCUAUCUGAUGGGCUAAAUGUGCACCCACAAUUCCUAUUUUGAAGUUGUAACCUGCCAGUACCACACAAUGUGAGUAUAGUUAUACAUGGCAUCUUAAAAAAGAUCAUGAAGUUGAAAUGGGUUAUUAGGAUGGACUUUUAAGCAGUCUAGCUGGUUUCAUGAUAAGAGAUGAGGAUAUGGGUGCACAUGGAUGACCAUCUGAAGACAGGGAAUCCCCAUCUACCAGCUAAGGAGAGGCCUUAGAAGAAACUAACCUUGCUGAUGACACUUUAUGUCCAAUUUCUGGACUCCAGAUUUGUGGGAAAAUAAAUUUCUCUUGUCUAAUCACCCA